CUUGAAUUAAAUUGAUAAUUGCGAGUUUUUGUUGUUAAGGGAUUCCCACCCUCUUCUUUUAAAUAUUUUUGAUAUAUGGAGUCCGUUCAUAUUGAAAAUACUUUCGAAAUUUACAUGCAGGAACUGGAAAAGUUCCAGAAAAAACAUCCUAAAGCGUUUAAAUCUACUUCUUUUGUCCUUCCAGAGUCUUCAUUCUCUCUUCUUUCAUCUAAAGAACGAAAAGAAAAACAACCUCAAGUUUUGGACUACCUCAAUACAUCAAUUGGAUUAGAUGCAAUGUGCAAUAAAGGAGCUUACAGUAUAAUUGCAAAAAUGCAUGCUACAAAUAAUAACCUAUUUGGUGCAUAUGCUAAUAUUUUAAUUUCUCUGGCAUUGGGCGAAAUUUCUCAUGAAGACGAAUUUUUUAUCCAACAAUGUAAAAGAAUGCCUUUUUCAACCCCGAAGAUUAUCAAAAGACAGUACUAUAACCGACUUGACGAAGGACUACUUGAUCUGUUUCAGUUUGAAGAUGUAGUAUUGGUUCUUGAGCCUGGUACAUAUACAACUACGAUGUUGAUGGAAAUGGAUAACAGAAACAUCGUUAUCAUUGGAAUUGGUAAGGUGACAAUAAAGAAUUCUGACAUCAAUGUAUUCCGAGGUAGUGAUAGUAAUCUUGUACUAUAUAAUAUUCAUGUUGAAUGUACUCGAGGAUACUCACUAUUUAUGAAAACCUCUCAGGUUUUUGUAGACAACUGCUGGUUCAUCAAAUGUUCUGGACCGGUUCCUCCUAUUUGUAUUGAUGGUCGUAAAGCAAAACUAUUCAUGAACAAAUGUGUUGUUGCCAAUACAAAAAAUGCUGGCGGUAUUUUAGCUGAUAUUGAUAGUAUAGCUUAUAUUAAAGAUUGUAAAUUAUACAAUAUUGGAGUGAGCGCAAUUGAAGUUCGAUAUGGAUCAAGCUUAUGUGCUAAAAAUAAUGAUAUUUAUCAUAACAAGCAGGGUAUUUCAGCAUGGUUAGACGCCAAUGAAAUUACACUUAUUGAUAAUAUUAUCCAUAAUAAUGACGCAGAAGGAAUUCUUAUCAAUGGUAACCGUGAACCACUUUUAUCAAAAACACUCAAUAUUAAAAACCCGCCGCAACAUACAGUUCAACCACCACCUACAUCAAAUUACACUAAACCUUCGCAAACAUUCGCUGUAUUACGAAAGAAUCGGAUUCUAGAAAAUGGUUCUUUUGGUGUUUCAACAGACUUUCAGGCUAACGUGCGAAUGGAAGAAAAUGAAAUUGCAAAUAAUGGUGUUACUGGAUGUAUUAUCAAAGGAGGUGUUGAUGCAUUUCUUAUUAAUAAUAUUAUUCAUCAUAAUAAAUCAAAUGGCAUUGAAAUUGGAGCAAAUUAUCAGGGAAAAGUAAUUAUGGAGAACAAUCAAAUUUAUUCCAAUAAAAUAAAUAUUGGGAAGUUCAAUGAUAAGUUUUACAAUACAUUAGCAAAAAAAUGUGGAGUGGAUGUGCAGCAAUUGUCUGUUCCAGUAGAAAUGAAUAACAAUGAAAUUGGAGAUAAUUACUCAGAUCAAGAGAACUAUGUUAAUUUUAACGUCUCUUCUAAUCGUCCAGGAAUACAUUUAUUUUAUGAAGAAGAUCCUAAUCUCUAUGCAAUUGGUAAUACAUAUGGCUUCAAUCUGUUGAAAGGUCUCGAUAUCAAUGCUACAGCCACUGUUGAAGCUUCGAUGAUAUUUCACGAUACUCAAAAAAUCAAAAAUAAACAAGUAUCUGUUUUUUUAGGUGGUGUUGGUGAUUUGCGUAAUAUUGUUGAAACUGUUUAUGGUCUUACAAUAUUAUUGGAAAGUCAAUCUGAAAAUUACAACGUCAAUUUACUCUUUACAAUUAAUGACUUCAAUUCGACAAUGCUUACACGAGAUCUAGUACUUCUUGAAAUGAUUAGUAGGUUGCCAGAUCCGAAACCAUCUUUCACAAAUUUGGAAAGUCUUUACAACAAAUGGAAUAAAGAUUUUGUUGUUGGUGCGAUACAAAUUCUUUCAGUAUGGGGCGAGAAGAAUAUUAAUACUAAUACCUUUCAUAAACUAAAUGAUUGUAUAAAUAGUCUAAUUGAAUCUCUUGAAAAUAAUGU